CCUAGGUGUCUGUUUUUUGGGGGGAGAUAAGCCAUUUGAAGCGCAAACACACACACACACACACAUACACACAUAUGCAUACACACACAACAUACGCACACGCACACACACGCACACACACUUUUUUCCUUCUCUAAUGAAAGGGACCAGUUUUUUGGACAGAGAAAAAGCAAAACACACAGUUCAGUGUGGCUUCAUUACGUACAAAACCACAAACAUCUGUGAGACACGGUCAUAUAAAAAUGUGAGAGGGCUAGGAAACCAACAUCCCCCCAACCCCCCUCCCUCCCUCCCUUCCCUCCUUCCCGACUCUGACACGAAGAUUUCAUACGCAUUGUUCAGACCGGACCUCCCGCUGAGGCACCAUACAAUCGCGUCCCCCCCGGUUCCCCUCCGCUCUCUGCAGGUGAUACUGAGGCAGCUGGUGGAGGCCGUGCUGGAGAUCCACGGGAGGGGGGUGGUGCACCGCGACAUCAAGCUGGACAACGUGCUGGUGCAGACGGACGCCAGCGGGCCGCUCGUGCACGUGCUGGACUUCGGCUGCGGCGCCAUGCUGAACGAGAGUCCCCACAAGUUCCACGCUGGCACCUGCCUGCACAUGCCCCCGGAGUGCUACCUGCGCUCCGAAUUCCACGCGGUGCCCUCCACCGUCUGGCAGCUGGGGAUCGUGCUGUACCAGAUGCUGACCCGGAUCCUUCCCUUCAGCACCCCCAAAGAAAUCAUCUACCAGGAGCUCUACCUGUGGCAGGAGCUCACCAACGAGUGCAAAGACCUCCUGCAACGCUGCCUGGACAAGCGGCUUCGGGGCCGGCCGACCCUGGAGGAGAUCCUACAGCACGCUUGGUUUCAGUAAGACCGCGGGGGGACGAGGCAACGGGCAACGUGUCCAUCGCCACUGUUACCGCAGAAACCCGAGCGUGGGUAUGGCUCGUUUCCCCCCGGGUGUUUACGUUGGGUACAGCCUUCAGCGCGGGGGUAGACUUGUCACCGAUACCGCAAGGGUUUAGUGCGCACAUGCACUGCAAAUGACCCGCGCAGCCAUGACAACGUAAAUAGCAGAAAGGACGGACGUCACAGACAGCGGGGAGACUGCAAUAUUUCAGGUGGCAGCUAAUAUUACAGCAGAAACGAGCAAACUUCUUUUUACCGUUCUGUGUCACACCCCUAAGAAAGGAACCUGGGAUUAAAGUGGAGGAAAUUUAUAUACUGUCGAUGAAUGGUUUUGGAUAUUUGGAUAUUAUGUUGAUAAUGGUUUUUAUGAUAUACACUUAUUACGCCAAAAAGAGCAAUUGUUGUAAAAUAUUGCAUGAAUCAUCAAACUCUGUUCAUGAAUGCAGUGUUUCCAUAACUUAUGGUAGUACUGUAUACCCAGAACAUUAUUUGGAUAUUUAAAGCAAUACAGCGAUACAAUUAAUGCAGAAAAUACUAAGUACACACUAUCUUUAUCUCAGUUCCAAACAUUAUAAACAUAUAGUUUAUACAUAUAUACAUAAGUUCCAAGUUUGUACAUAAGACAUCUGUACAUAUGUACAGACAAACAGUAUCAAUACGGACAUAACUGGCCUGAGCCUGGCUAAAUGAGUGAUCACAAUAAGCUCAAUACUGAAUUAUAUGCUCUCAAAUUCCAUCCUUAGCAUUUGCUAGCUAAAUGCAAAAUAAGCUUUUAAUAAAUUUAAUUUGGUUUAAUUUGGAGAUUAAAACAAGAUAUGACAUGAUCAUUUUAACAUCCCACCUUCAUUCUAUCUCUGUUAAUACGUGUCCUUCCGUUGCGAUGAACAGUUAGUACCCACAGACCAGUCCAGAGACAGAUCCCCAUAACCAGUAUUAAAGGGGAAUAAAUGUCAUUGCAGCUCCAUUCAAAGAAUUAAAAAAUUAUUAUUAAAUAAUAAUAUUGAUUCAAUGAUUUUUGUCUUUUACUUACACAUAUUUUUGUUACGCAAACUGGUUGUGAACCAUGAGGUGGUUUCUGCCCACAGUACAACCUGUGACAUACCUGUAGUUCCUAUCGCAUGGAAAAAUGCAAGACAAGACCAGCUUUCAGUCAAAGACCUCUAAUUAAUUAGAUUCUGUAUUACUCACAAACUGAUAAUGUCCCCUGUGCUUGAGCUAACAGGCCUUCUGUCAUGGGAGAAUGAAAAAAUGCUGCGUUUGUUUAACAGAAGUAAUCGGUUGAGCAAGAAAUGACUCCCUUAAACAAGCAGAUUAAGACUUUGUGAAAGGGGAUAUUGAGUGUUGUUCACAAUACCUGCUUUGUAUUAUUGAUUACAUAAUGCGUUCAGAGAAAGACUGUGGGAGACUGUGAGAUGGUAACUUGGCUGCACGCACUGUAAAUACUGUGGCUCCCCCUUCUGGCAAAUAUUCAAAACAUUUCUGAUUUGUAAAAGGCACCAUACACAGCAAUAUAAGAUUGAUGACCUUCAAUCUUUGAUCUUCAUUGAGAUCAGUUUUAUUUCUUUCCUAAUUUCCUCCAUCUUCAUCCCUUUCAAAAGUUCAUCCCAGUGUUAUUUAAUAUGUCUGUUAUUAUUAUUGUUCUUGUUGUUUUGUUGUUAUUGUUCUGUUUAUUAUUAUUACUACUACUACUGUUAUUAUUUUAUAAUGUAUUUAAAUUUCAAGUUAAACAGUUUUACAGCAAUAGAGCAGCUGUGAAAUUCCUCUAGUCAGUUUCAGAAUUGCCGAGUUGAUUGUUGCCAAAGGCCUAGCUGCUGUUUGUGUCAAUAAUCGUAGUACAGAAUCGUUUAAUAAAUCUAGCCAGGCAGCCGCUGCAGCAUGUUAACUGUUAAUGGGUAUUAGUGUGUUACUUCUGUGUUCAUGUGCAGCUAGCCAAUCAUUUGGCACCCUAAGUUGCGCCAGUAUUUGCAUAACAGCUGCAGGCUAGGUAUAAAAAGGGCGCACAGCUGGCGCUUGCAUCCAGUUCCUUCCGUGUCAUGCUUGUUGGGUUUUCCAGUGCUUUACUGGUUAUUAAUUAUGACUCAACUGCAAGAUCCGGGUGGUCUGUUCCUCACUGAAAUUGCUACAUUUGUGUCAGUGGGUCUUCAAAUCGAAGAAGACCUUACACGCCUACUCAAGAGAUGGCCAGAGGCGAUGAGUAAGCAGAAGAAGACAGUGCAGAUAGCAACCCCAUGGCGGGAAAGGGCUAAUUGUGGGGUAGGAUCAAUGGGUUUGCAGCCCAGGGCGACACUGAGUGAAAUUUCCAUGAGCACACAUUUCCAUUUCCGCCUGCUGCAGCCUAGCGCCCUGCAGGAGAUUACGAAUACAUUAUCUCGCGCGGCGCUAGCAGAGCCUGCGGCGGCCUGUCUGCUGGGGACCGUGGGAACCCUCCGCUAAGCCUACCACGCCUUGCUAGCAAGUCAGUGACGCGGGGUCCGACUGGGACCUACACUUGCUUCGGCGGAGCCCCGUCCCACAAGCCACGGAUAGGGGGAACUUUCCACCGGGUCCCACUCGCCAUGCUAACAAGCUCGGCCCGCGGGAGUGAACCCCUGACUAUGGCCUAGCUAGCGUGGGGAACUCUCCGCUAGCCCCAACUCAGCACAAAAAUGUUGCAGUCUGACAGAAAAGGGAGCUGGCAAGCUUAACUGGAACAGUUUAACUUCAUCUGGGAAGUGGAGGGUUGGAGCCGGUAGGAGAGGGGCAUCAACCUGUUGGCUUCCCUGGAAGGAGAAGCGCUACAGGCACUCCUAGACAUCAGUGACAAUGAGCCCAGAGCAUUCAACCAUCUCAUUGCCAUGAUGACCAAGCAGUUCAGCAAGGCACCCUACAGUAUCGCUCUCAAAGAACAGUUUCUAAAGAAAAGUGACCUGGGGAGAAGCUGGGCCUCCAUGCAGCGGCUAAUUCAAUGAGCCAACCCGCAGUUCAGUGGCUCCGCUGGAGACAGUCUGGCCAUUGACACCUUCCUGAGGCGGGUCUGUCUGGCACACUUCAGGCAAUAGGUCCCUAUUGCCCGCCCAAACAACCUGAAUGCAGCACUGACACAGACUGAGGACUUGGGAGGCGAUCCUCAACAACCAAAGCACCGACUGCAAACUCCAGGCAGUUCUUGAGGCAGUAGGCUAGGAAGACGGGGGCGGACAGGUAGAGAUGUCAGUUCUGGCCAGGGCGGUAGUGGCUCUGAGGUGGGACUUCUGGUGCCGGUGGUGUGGGACAGAAGGACAUCUGAUGAGACUGUAAACAGAGGCCCCAGGAUGACAGUGAAAAGCCACAGCAACUGGGAAACAGAGAGCAGCAAUGCCCUGAGAAGCAAAGGGCGGGCCGCGUGGGCUGCAGCGACAAUAGCAUUUGUUGUGAAGUGGUCAGGGACACCAGUAACCGCUCUAAUUGACACAGGCUCUACUGCUAGUUUGAUUCAAAUGGGACCGUUAGCAUGUAGCACGCCAUGUGCAAAGGACAUUAAACUGGGGACAGCAACCGGGCAGACAGCCAACAUGUUCGAUCGCUGUAAGCCACCCUUGCACUUAGGCCCAACCAUUAUUGAGCAAGAGUUGUAUUCUUGUAUUCUAUUCUAGUUCUAUGUAGACUGGAGGAGGCUAAAUGGAAUAACUAAAGAAGAUUCUUACCCGCUCCCCCAUAUUGACAAUGCAGUUUAGCAUAGGAGGCUCUACUUGGUUUUGCUUCCGUUUGCUUGACCUACGCAGCGAGUAUGCCCAGGUCCCCCUCACUGCCACUCCACACCCCAAGAAUGGCCUUUAUUGUGGGGAGGGGCCUGUGGAAAUUCCACUGCAUGCUGUUUGGUCUUACUAACAGCCCAGCCAUGUGCAAACUGCUAACGGAGCGGGUUCUAUAAGGUAUUCCAGCUAGAGCAUGUGUAGACUACUCAGAUGACAUACUAGUGCAUGCCCCUAGCUUUCACUCAACUACAGACUGGCUAAAGUAGAGGCAGUAAGGAAAUGACCAAGUUACCUGGGUCACAAAUAGAGGUCCG